GAUCAUGUCGAACUGCAAGAUGAUGCAGACAGUUUCACAAGAAAAAUAUCUCCGGAAACAAUGCUGGAAACACUGAAGAAAAUAUCAGACGGGACGAGGUUUUAUGAACAGUACAGUCACAGGGUGGUUUACAAACACAAGGAAACCGCAUCAGACUUUUUAAAGACGAUGGAAGACAUGAAAACCAAAGGAAAUGUAAAAGGAAAACGAAAACUAUCGUCACAAAAACGAGAGUGGCAAACGAUGAGCCCAAAGGAAGAGCUGUUUUCUGAAGAAGACUGGACAUAUAUGUUAGUAUACUUGGAGUUUCUUUUCCAAACGAACAUGAAGACAAACGUGACAGUCUGGAUUGAUUUGGUCCUACCAAGAUGCAUCGCAAAGCCAGGGAUAUAUUCAAAAUCGAAGAGAUCUGUGGAAGAUACUUUCACAAAGAUAAACGGUAAGACUUCUUCAGAUGUCUACUCAGAAAAGAUCGGCGCGGAUAUGAAACCGAAGAGUGCACUGUUAAAAAAAUCGACUGUGCUAUGUGCUGAACAAUCAUGCACUCGACAGUGGCCAGCCAGCAGAAUGCCGUGUAAUAGUAUGACUUCAGAAGAAAAACAAAGUUUGGACCACGAGCGCAGCUGUAAAAUUUGUUAUGGAGAAGAGGCUUGUGUUGUUUUCUUACCGUGUAGUCACAUGAUUGCCUGUGAGAAUUGUUCCAGUAUGCUACAGAAUUGUGCGAUGUGUCGGUCACUUAUAAGAGGAUCGUUUGUUGUGGAACUGAAUAUAACUAUUUGAUAUUUUCUACAUUUAAAGACUUUUUAACUUUUUUUACUUUCUUUUGAUUAUUUUUGUUUAUCAUAUAUGAUUACUGUUUGGCAAACAUGUUCUGUCCAAUACUAUAGCUCUCUAGUUCAGUGUUAGCUGCCCAUGAAGUUGCAAGAUGUAAAUAUUGCAAGUUUGACAUACAAUACAAAAUGGCAUGAAACAAUAAACUGAUAUUGCUAAAUAUUUUGACAAAAAUAGAAGAAACUAUAUGCAAAAGAUGAACUGUUGGUUGAGGUGGAUUAUUCGGUGUCUAACAAAAGACGCACAUUGCCAAUCGAUUUAUCUAACUUUGCAGUUUUAACAAAAGUUUCCGAAUGUUACAGAUUCUUUUGGGAAUCGUUUUCUUGCUUCUUUAGUGAGUAUUACACUGAAAUAGACAAGACCUACGAGGGAAAUACAGAUCUAACACUAUAUCUCCCAUAAAUUACUUUUGGUGAUUAUUCUUUUUAAUGAAGGAACAAAAGACACUUCAAGAUAUGUGAAUUUCCACUAUCUGAAAUAAUCAUAGAUUUUUAACUAAAGACGUCUUAAAGUCAAAUCUUCAAAUAUUGGACAUUUAGUACAAUUAUAAAACUUUUGAGUUGCUAGGUUGAGCAACAAUAGCACAUCUGUCGUUUUUAUUCUUUAUAUGUAAAAUUGUUUUGCUUUUUUUAUUGUAUUAUGUAUUGUACAGAUCGGGAUUAUUCAAAAUCCGGUGAGAGCGGAAUUUGAAUGUUUGAUUGUACAGACUCCUCAUAAUUUAUCUACUUUAACUUUUGAUAAUUCUAGUAUAAGUUUCAUGUCAUUUGCAGAGCAAAUCAUUUUUGUGUACAUCGUAUGUACUUGGUUUUACUAGCCCGCCCGCUUAGCUCAAUAGGGAGAGCGCAGAUCUACGGGUCGCGGGGUCGCGAGUUCGAGCCCUGGGCGAGGCGUAUGUUCUCCGCGGCGAUUUGAUAAAAGACAUUGUGUCUGAAAUCAUUCGUCCUCCACCUUACUUGCGGAGAACAACCAACCAACCAACUUGUUAUUACUAGCAACAUGAAUAAUAUAAGUCGAAGUUGUCAUUCUAUAUAUGUUACUCAUUGUGUGUUUUCUUAUUUCUCGACACAUCGGCUCCAUGCACACCUCAUCGCACUGUUUUAACAACCUGACUUCAACAAUACGACUGUCUGAUAUGUAGAGAAAUGAUUCAUCUACACGUGUAUAAAUUCAUUUCUUCAAUACCAAAAAUCGGCAUAUGUAUCAUGUAAAUACGAAAAAGAAUAAAAACAUACGAUUGUGAUAUUUGCUUUUAUGCUUCCAUUUGAAAUAGAAGACAUUUUUCCGCUGUUGCUGCACACAUAAGAUCUAUUAUAGCAAAUCUACAGCAUGCAUCAUCGUUAUGCUAUUUUCUUGUUGUGUUUUAAAUAUUUCUUUUUAGCUCCACUAUUCGGAGAAUAGGGGGCUAUUCUACUCGCCCCGGCGUCGGCGUCGGCGUCGGCGUGAGCUUUCUUGGUUAAAGUUUUUCGGCAACCUUUGUUUUUCUGUCAUAUCUUUGUUGUUAUUGCUUAUAUCUUACUGUAAGUUCACAUAAACAUUGUCCAGCAUACAAACAAAGUAUGUGCAGGGGCUGGGCCCAUUAUACAUAAGGUCAAGGUCACCAAGGUGUUAUACUUAGGUUAUUUUUAAGGUUAAAGUUUUUCGGCAACCUUUGUUUUUCUGUCAUAUCUUUGUUACUAUUGCUUAAUAUACUUUACUGUAAGUUCACAUAAACAUUGUCCAGCAUACAAACAAAGUAUGUGCAGGGGACUGGGCCAAUUAUACCCGAGGUCAAGGUCACAAAGUUGUUAUACUUGGAAUUAUUUUCAUGUUAAAUUUUUUCGAAAGCUUCAUUUAUAUACAUAUCUUUGGUACUUUAAAAGAUAAUGAUUUGAAAUUAAAAAAAAUUCUUUAUAAUCAUCAUCUGCAUGUGUGGUUACAAUCCCCAUAACUAUAAUUGUAUUUUUGACAGAAUUAUGCACCUUUCAUACUUAAAUGUUUUGAAAAACUUCGUUUUUUUUUUGGCAAUCUUCGCUUUCUGGAUAUAACUUAGUACAAUAUAAGAUAAUGACUUGAAACUUAAAAUGUAUCUUUAUCAUCAUCAUCUGCAUGUGUGGUAACAAUCCCCGUAACUCUGGUUUGUAUUUUUGACGAAAUUAUGCACCUUUCAUACUUAAAUGUUUUGACAAACUUCGUUUUCUGGACAUAACUUUGGUACUAUAUAAGAAAAUGACUUGAAACAACUCAAAAUAUAUCUUUACCAUCAUCAUCUGCAUGUAUGGUAACAGUCCAAAUAACUCUAAUUUGUGUUCUUGACAGAAUUAUGCCCCUUGGUGUAUCUUCCUUUUAAAGUAGAGGUCUCUUAUUGAGACAUAUAUUCAUUUUACUGUCAAAUCGCCGAAUAGUGGAGCGCGCUGUCUUACGGACAGCUCUUGUUUAUGAAAAUGAUAGCAUUUAUAAAUCACUUAUAUUUAUUCAUUUAACUAUGAAGACAUUACCAUAAAACAAUGUAUAUAGGCUUUUAUUUCUGUGUAUAAGCUAUACUAAUUGCUGUGAAUUGAUUGGAUGAAGAAUAAAUUAAGUACAGUUUCA